UGUCUGACGGAACGGUUCACUGCGUUUGUAGUUCUGUAAAGUGAAUUAAACUAAAACUGUAACUAGUUUUAACAUGGCAGCGGCGGACGCUUAUAAAGUAAUCUCUCUGAAGGAUAAAGUGGCAUUGAUCACAGGAGCCAGUUCAGGGAUUGGAGCUGGUACUGCCCUGCUGUUUGCCAGACUCGGAGCUCAGCUGGCAUUGAAUGGCAGAGACUUGAACAACCUCAGCAAAGUGGCUAAAGAAUGUGAAGAGUGUAGCGGCAAUAAGUCCCUUUUGGUGCCAGGAGACCUAACUGACGAAGAUACAGUAAAAAAGACAGUUGAAGAGACCAUUGCUCAUUUUGGGCAACUGGAUGUCCUUGUGAACAGUGCAGGUAUCCUCGCGAUGGGAUCCAUAGAGACCACAGACCUGGCACAAUAUGACAAGGUGAUGAAUGUCAAUGUCAGAUCAGUUUAUUAUCUGACUCACCUCUGUGUGCCACAUCUGAUUAAAACAAAGGGCUGCAUCGUAAAUGUGUCCAGCAUAAAUGGCCAAAGAUCUUUUCCUGGUGUGCUUGCAUACUGCAUGUCCAAGUCAGCCAUUGACCAGUUCACACGAUGUGUUGCUCUGGAGUUGGCAUCAAAGCAGGUUCGGGUGAAUUCUGUUGGUCCUGGAGUCAUUAUCACAGAGGUCCAUAAGCGUGCUGGUCUGGAUGAAGAACAGUAUAAACAGUUCCUUGAAAAGUGUAAGAUUACUCAUGCACUUGGAAGACCAGGUGAGGUGGACGAAGUGGCUCACGCAAUUGCCUUCCUGGCGUCAGAUGCUGCUACCUUCAUUACAGGUGUAAAUCUCCCAGUGGACGGAGGUCGUCAUGCCAUGUGCCCACGGUAGUGCUUGAUUACUGCAGCCUCAGAGUAUCAAAGUUUUGAUGGAUGGAAAUGAAAUAAAUAUUAACUGAUAUUAA